AUGACUACUUUAAUAGCAAGAAAUACAACGAUUCCAACAAAGAAAGCACAAAUUUUCACCACCAAGAAUGACUAUCAAUCUGAAAUCCAAAUUAAAAUCUAUUUAGGUUAUAGAUACUUGACUAAAGAUUGUCUUUUUUUAGAACAAUUUAAUUUAACUGGUAUUUUUCCAGCUCUCAAAGGAGUUCCUGAAAUUUUGAUAACAUCUGAGAUUGAUUCGGAUUAUACUCUUACUAUGACUGCCUAAGAUCUAUGUUCAAAGAAUAGUAAUAGCAUAAUUAUAGCUAACUUUUAUAAGGGAUUAACGAGGGAAUAUAUUGAAAAACAUAUUCUGGAUGCUGAAAAAUUAGAAGAUGAAGACAAAAUGAUAAAAAGUACAAUUGAAGAAAAGAAUAAUCUGGAAUCUACUAUAUAUCUUAUUAGAAAUACAAUUAAUAAUGAAAAGUUUAACCUUAAAUUCUCUAAUAUUGAAAAGUCAUAGUAUUAAUUGAUUGUAAAUGAAACAAUAGAAUGGAUUCACAAGAAUCAAAAUGUUGAUAUUAAAGAGUAUUAAAAUAAAUUGCAGGAACUUGAAAAAGUUUAGCAAUAGCUUAAUUAGUAGGUCUGUUUAGAUGAUAAUGAUUCGUAGUAUGCAAAAGCAUGGUUUGAAAGGAGUGCUAAAUUUUCACUUGGCUGA